ACGCUACGCCUAGCUACAUCUAGACUGAACCCAGUUUGACUGUUUAGCAACGAUUGUAAACAACAUGUCGGCCACGGACGAAGCAAAGGAAAAUGCAGAUUCCCUCCUACAAGACAUCCAAAAGAAAAUAACUGAAGCAUUUGAUAUAUUUGACCAUGAGUCUAAUAAGACUGUAGAUGUGAGAGAAGUAGGAACUAUUGUAAGAUCUCUCAACUGCUGCCCCAGUGAAGCUGAACUGCAUGAUAUGUUGGCAGAGAUUGAAGAGGAAGAGCCAACAGGUUACAUCAGAUUUGAAAAAUUCCUCCCAAUGAUGACAAAAGUGAUGAUGGAAAGAAGGUACAAGCCAAAUCCUGAAGAUGUAUUACUGAAAGCAUUUCAAGUGAUGGAUGCUGAAAUGAAAGGUCACCUCACCCAGGACGAACUCCGCAAAUACAUGACUGAGGAGGGUGAACCCUUCACCCAGGAGGAGCUCGAGGAGAUGAUGUCUGCAGCAGUAGACCCCGACAAGGGCAUCAUCCUCUACCGCGACUUCGUGUCCGAGAUGGCCGUGGAGGAGACAUGAGACAAGGAGUGUUAUCUGUGCCUUACAUGCACUGAGGCUCUCAACAGAGACACAGCUCAGUGUCUACUGUGGGAUCUGUGUCUGUCAUCUUGUAUGAGUGAAUGGCAUUUGUUGGUUUCCCAAAGUGAUGUGUGUCUGGUGUUUCAUUAUAUUUCCAUCACAUUGUAGUUUGGCAGUCCACCAUGCAUCUGGACCCUGCAUAUUUCAGUUUAGAAAUAUUUUGAUAAAGAAAUGAGUCCAGCUUGUCAAGCAGCGGUGGUCUAUAUUCAUGCUCAUGGAAGAAAAUGGAUCAUGUAUGUACCCUUCUACAGUAUUAAACAUAUCUUCAACA